GGUUGGCCUCAUAAAUACGGGGACACUGGAGGAAGCAGCAGCAGUAUUCGCAAGCUCCUGCAGAGCCCAUACUGUGAGAGGUCUCUUACAUUUAACUAUAUAGAUCUCUACAACCUUUAAAAAUGGAUAACGGGUGCCACUGUGCAGCUAACAGCGACAGGCUUUCGAAUCCUAUCCUCUACAACAUCCUGAGCCAAAUGGAUAACAGCAAACCAAGCCAAAACUGCUUCAACUACAAUUCCAUAACUCAUGGAUGCACCUGUGAGCUGCGACGGACAGUAUGCUUGAAAAGGCCAUCUGAGAUCUGCAAAGAAACGUCAGCAGUUCUGGUUAAAACUGUCCAUUUCAUGAAGAACUUACCUGCGUUUAACCAGAUGCCAUCAAAUGACCAGUUUGCACUUCUUAAAAGCUGCUGGGCACCGCUCUUCAUCUUGGGUCUGGCCCAGGAGCAUGUGGACUUUGAGGUGAUGGACACACCUGCGGACAGCAUGCUGAAAAAGAUUCUCCUAAAUCGUCAGCAGAGCCCUGAGAUGGAGAGGGAGCAGCCCACCAUGGCCGGUGCCAGCAAACUCAAGUCCUGCCUCAAAAAGUUUUGGAGUUUGGAUUUGAGUCCAAAGGAAUAUGCAUAUCUCAAAGGGACCACACUAUUUAAUCCAGAUGUCCCAGAUUUAAAGGCAGCUCUGUUUGUUGAAGGCUUGCAACAGGAGGCUCAGCAUGCCCUCAGCGAGGUGGUCCAGCUCCUUCACCCAGGGCACCAGGAGCGCUUUGCUCGAAUCCUCCUCACAGCCUCCAUGCUGCAGAGCAUCACACCCAGCCUCAUCACUGAACUCUUCUUCCGGCCCGUGAUAGGCCAGGCGGAUCUGCUGGAGCUGUUGGUUGACAUGCUCUUCUGCAGAUAGUACAGGCUAGGAGGACUUCAUGUAACUGUCCUGGAGAAAGUUGAAUCCAAUGUUUUUAAUGGUGGUGAUGCAGACCUUUUUGUUGACCAACCCAAGCAGUGUGUCCUCAUGAGAUGAGGGAAUUCCUGACAGUGGACUGCUCUUGCGAUAGCCAACAAAAAGAAUGUGAAUUGGUGAACACUAUGAGUUACUUAUAUUUACACUGAAGCUCAGGUCACUUUAGGCUCGUCUGAAAAUCUUUUAUCCGCUGAAGUGGAAAGAUUUGAAUUUCCACAUAAAGACAGCCUGUACCCACAGUUGUAGCUUAUGUUGGAGAUCUUUUCUGUUUGCUUCAAUGCUGCAAAUAAGACAGAACAUUUCAAAUAAAUAUAUUUUUGUACAUGAACGUAAUAGUAAAGUUGUCUCAAUCUUUUAAAAAGACUCACAGUAAGCCACAAUUUUUAUGUACCAGGUAUUACCUAACAGACACUCAUUCCUACAUUUGACAGGUCCAUCUUUUUUUUUAGUGCUUUUAUUGCCUCUAUAGAUGACAGGAAUGUGAGGAGAGAGAGGGGAUGAUAGGCAGCAAAGGGGUGCUCUACUGUACCUGGGUGAGCUAAAGGUCGCCCCAGACAGGUCCAUUAUUACUAACACAUUGUGCAGCCAAGUAUUGCUCAAGCCCCAUUAUUUAAAAUUCUUGUCAAGACGCCAGGGUUUCCAAAGAUAGCAAAUGUGUCAGAGUGAAUUCUCUGGAAAUGUGUACAAACUGAAUCAAGAGGUAUCUCAAAACACUAAAAAUAUUGGUGAUUAUAGGUUUCAAAAGUUCUUUCAAUAGCUGAAUAUGUAGUGUAGCUUCAAUAAUGCAUACAUAAAUGUGAGUUUCUUCCUCUAAUUUUGAGGCAACUUCAAAAUUUAAGGCAAACACUGUUUAUUUUUGGGCAUUUUUAGGCCUUCAUUUGACAGGACAGCCGAAGACAUGAAAGGGGAGAGAGAGGGGGAAUGACAUGCAGCAAAGGGCCGCAGGUCAGAGUCGAACCCAUUUUAACCCAGUAAGACAUCAGUCUGUCGAGUCAUCGUAGUAUUGCACACAACUCUUUCUAAGAAACUACAUCUGAUUCAUGCACACUGUGUUCUUCUUGUUUCACCAGAUUGUGUAAGUUAACUGUCAGUGUUUCAUAUCGCUUCAUAAUCAUGUGAAAAAUUUACCACUUUACACAAAGAUAGACAAUCUGAGGAAUAUGGUUAGAAAGAAAGAACCCCCCCCCUUUAAUGUUUUUAUUAUGACCACACAUGCUAAGCAUGACACUAUGUACUUUGUCUCCCUCUUAUGGAAAACAGUGCAAGUUACAUGUUUAAUCUGAGAAACUAUAAUCAACACUGACACAUUAAAAAGUUAACUUAAACUGAGCCAUUUUUCAUACACAAAAGUGGAAGAAAUCAAGUAUCCUAAAAAAGUCUGAGUUUACUUUUAAUCUGAAGGCUAGAUUUGAUAUAGAACAAGCCCUCUUGAUUUGCCCUAGCCUGUGGUAUGCUAGUUGUGAAACAUUGAGCUUUUGCAUGACACCUCAUACAGGUAAAACAGGAAUGUGCU